AUGGCCCAUGAUGGCUCAGGCAGCCCAGGCACAGGCGGGGCACAGCACGGGCAGCAGGGGCAGCAGGAGCAGGGCGGAGGCGGAGGCAAGCUUGAGUACUGUGCGGGCUUCUUCGAUGGACUGGGCCACGUCUUCGAGGACGGGCCUAGCUACCGGCUGGAGCUCACGCUGCCCUGGGAGCAGCGCGAGGCGCUGCAGCUCUUCCAACAGCUCUUCAGCGGCAGUAUCGUGCCCAGCGAGGCUGUCGGGGCCAGGCGCCUGGAGGAGAGAGCAGGAGCUCACCGGCUCACCCGGGCUCACCGUGGGAACCUAAAAUGGACUUUGCGGGGAGAGCCGGGCCGGCGCGCUGCCUCGGCGCUCGCGGCCCAGGCAGUUCUCAAGCAGCCGCAGCUUUUGCUGGCAGCCCAUUCCUUUUCGUUUCCACGGCGUCCACGAACAGCCUUGCAAGAUUGCAAGUGGAUGGGCCCUUUCUCCCGAGCCGGGAUGGCGGCGGGGGGGAUCACUUGGCCCUACGUGGCAGGGCUCUUCGAUGCCGUGGGCCAUAUCAGGCCGAACAGCAGCGAGCCGAGGAAGCUGGUGUUUUUGGAGUUUUCGGAGAAAUCUCAUCGCUUUUUGGAGAUCUUGGAAAGCUUCUUCAAUGCUCAGCUCUCGCCCGGCGGCUGGCGCUCGGAUGUCUCAGUAAGGCACUUCCACCGUCUCAGCCGUCUUUCUCUGGUCGACUCCAUUGCCCAAACGACGCUGCGGCAGCUGCUGCGAGUUGGCUUGAGCGUGCGGAAGGAGGCCGCGCAGCUCGCCCUCUCUCCGUUCCUUUGUAAGAUUUCGAAGCUUCCCCAGCUCCGGCUGAUCCUGGCCGCGCAGCGAUGCUUCGUGGAUGACUGCGGCUUCGGACGUCGAAGACUCGCUCCUCUGAGUCAGAGCUUCGAGAAGCACGAGGAGGCCUCUUGCCGGCAACGCGACGUGGCAGAUGCUCGCCAUGCCAUGCAGCUGCUCCGCCUGGCUUGCGAAAGCUUCCGUGACUUCCGUGAAAGAUCCGAGAUCAGGGUCACUGCAACUCCGAGACAUGGAGUUGGAGCACAGUGA